AUGUUAUCGGCUAGACAGUCCAUUACCCAGGUUAGAGGUAAUUUAUGUUAUCAUCUUAGAAGUUUAGCUACUUCUAGUACUAUCAAUCAUUAUGAAGUACCCCAACUAUUCGAAUCAAGAACUCCUCCUUAUGCUAAAUUACUUAACAAUUUAGCUACCGUUAAGAAAAUCGUUAAUAAUCAACCAUUAACUUUAGCUGAAAAGAUCUUAUAUUCUCAUUUAGUAGAUCCUGAAGAAGGUUUUGCAUCAAGUCAAGGUAAUGUCGCUAAUAUUAGAGGGUUACAAUAUUUAAAAUUAAAUCCUGAUAGAGUAGCCAUGCAAGAUGCUUCUGCUCAAAUGGCUCUUUUACAAUUCAUGACUUGUGGAAUGGCUUCCACUGCUGUACCAGCUUCAAUCCAUUGUGAUCAUUUGAUUGUCGGUAAAGAUGGUGCUGAAGAAGAUUUAAUUAAAUCAAUUGCAACCAAUAAAGAAGUAUUUGAUUUCUUACAAAGUUGUGGUGAUAAAUAUGGUAUUCAAUUCUGGGGUCCAGGUUCAGGUAUUAUUCAUCAAAUCGUUUUAGAAAACUUUUCGGUUCCAGGUUUAAUGAUGUUAGGUACUGAUUCUCAUACUCCAAAUGCUGGUGGAUUAGGUGCUAUUGCCAUUGGGGUUGGUGGUGCUGAUGCCGUUGAUGCUUUAACUGGUACUCCAUGGGAAUUAAAAGCUCCAAAAGUCUUAGGGGUUAAAUUAACCGGUCAUUUAUCUGGUUGGACUUCUCCUAAAGAUGUUAUUACUAAAUUAGCUGGUAUUUUAACCGUUAGAGGUGGUACUGGUUAUAUUGUGGAAUAUUUCGGUGAAGGGGUUAAAACUUUAUCUUGUACUGGUAUGGCUACUAUUUGUAAUAUGGGAGCUGAAAUCGGGGCUACUACUUCUACUUUCCCAUAUCAAGAUGCUCAUAGAAGAUAUUUAAUUCAAACUGGUAGAGAACCAAUUGCUCAAGUAGUUGAUCAAAUUCAUAAAGAUACCAAUUUCCUUGCUGCCGAUGAAGGUGCUGAAUAUGAUAAAGUUGUUGAAAUCAAUCUUUCUGAAUUAGAACCUCAUGUAAAUGGUCCAUUCACUCCUGAUUUAUCAACUCCAAUUUCUAAAUUUGGUGAAAAGGCUCAACAAGAAGGUUGGCCUCAAACCAUUUCAGCUGGUUUAAUUGGUUCAUGUACCAACUCUUCAUAUCAAGAUAUGUCUCGUGCUGUAUCCAUUAUCAAACAAGCUGAAGCUGUCGGUUUAAAACCAAAGAUUCCAUUCUUUGUUACUCCAGGUUCUGAACAAAUCAGAGCUACUAUUGAAAGAGAUGGGUUAAUCGAUACUUUUGAAAAGAAUGGUGCUAUCGUAUUAGCCAAUGCUUGUGGUCCAUGUAUUGGUCAAUGGGAUAGAACUGAUGUUUCCAAAACUUCAAGUGAAACCAAUAGUAUUUUCACCUCAUUUAAUAGAAAUUUCAGAGCUAGAAAUGAUGGUAAUAGAAAUACCAUGAAUUUCUUAACUUCCCCAGAUAUGGUUACUGCUAUGAUUUAUUCUGGUGAUGCCAAUUAUAAUCCAAUAACUGAUUCUAUUAAAUUAGAUAAUGGUGAAGAUUUCAGAUUCGUUGCUCCUCAAGGUGAUGAAUUACCAAAUGCUGGAUUUAUCAAAGGUAGAGAAGAAUUCUAUCCUGAAUUAAAUCCUCAACCAAAACCAGAAGUUGAGGUUAAUGUUUCCCCUGAAUCUGAUAGAUUACAAUUAUUAGAUCCUUUCCUUCCUUGGUCAGGUGAAGAAUUAUCCACUAAUGUGUUAUUAAAAGUUGAAGGUAAAUGUACUACUGAUCAUAUUUCUGCUGCUGGUGCAUGGUUGAAAUAUAAAGGUCAUUUAGAAAACAUUUCCAAUAAUACUUUAAUUGGAGCUGUCAAUAAAGAAACUGGGGAAGUUAAUAAAGCUUACGAUUUAAAUGGUGAUCAAUAUGGUAUCCCUGAAUUAAUGAUUAAAUGGAAAGAAGAAGGUAGACCAUGGAUUGUGGUGGCUGAACAUAAUUAUGGUGAAGGUUCCGCCAGAGAACAUGCUGCAUUAUCACCAAAAUUCCUUGGAGGAUCUAUACUUUUAGUUAAAUCAUUUGCUAGAAUCCAUGAAACAAAUUUAAAGAAACAAGGUAUGUUACCAUUAACUUUUGCUGAUGAAGCUGAUUAUGAUAAAAUUUCAUCGGGUGAUGUUAUAACUACCAUUGAUUUAAAAGAUAUGAUUGCUAAAGAUGGUAAUAAUGGUGGUGAAUUAAGAGUUCAAGUCACUAAGAAAGAUGGUUCAUCAUUUGAAAUCAUUACUAAACAUACCAUGUCUAAAGAUCAAGUUGAAUUUUUUAAAGCUGGUUCUGCCAUUAAUUAUAUUGGUAAUCUUAAAAAACAACAACAACAACAAUAA